GCGCCUGCUUUUGGCACAGCCGCGCGCUGUUGCUGUCGCCGCUUUUCUCAGUCGCGCGUGCGCGCGCUCCCUCGCUCUUCUGGCGCGCGCGGGACCAAGCAGCCAGCCGUCCAACCUCAAGACCGUCAGGCAGAGCUGUUCCCUCGCGCGCCCCGUCUCGUGCCUCUUGUCUCUCUCUCUUCGCCACGCGCGGAGCUUGGGGAGAGAAGCCGCAUAAAAUGACGACUGCAUAAAUGCCACAGAAUAAAUGGCGUCGAAAGUAACAGAUGCUAUAGUAUGGUACCAAAAGAAGAUUGGUGCAUAUGACCAACAAAUAUGGGAAAAAUCUGUAGAACAAAGAGAAAUCAAGGGUUUGAGGAACAAGCCAAAGAAAACUGGACAUGUAAAGCCAGAUCUCAUCGAUGUUGAUCUUGUAAGAGGAUCUGCCUUUGCUAAAGCUAAACCAGAAAGUCCAUGGACCUCCCUGACUCGAAAAGGAAUUGUUAGAGUUGUUUUCUUCCCCUUCUUCUUCAGGUGGUGGCUACAAGUGACAUCAAAGGUUAUUUUCUUCUGGCUCCUUGUCCUUUAUCUUCUUCAAGUUGCUGCGGUAGUAUUGUUCUGUACAAUAGAAGGCCCACAUAAUAUACCUCUGACUGAAGUAAUAGAGCCUGUAUUGCUCAUGUUGCUCCUUGGAACAGUGCACUGUCAGAUUGUUUCAACAAGAACACCUAAACCACCUCCAAGUACAGGAGGGAGAAGGAGAAGGAAAUUAAGGAAAGCAGCACAUUUGGAAGUACAUAGGGAAGGAGAUGGCUCUAGUACCACAGAUAACACACAGGAAGGAACAGUGCAGAGCUACGGUACAAGCACCUCUUACAGUAUUGGCGCUGUCUUCAGAGAUAUCUGGCAUGCCGCUUUCUUUUUAUCAGGAGUGAAGAAAAUGAAGAACUCUAUAGAUAAAUCUACAGAGACUGACAAUGGGUAUGUCUCCCUUGAUGGAAAAAAGACAGUUAAAGGCAACGAAGAUGUUUUACAGUUUCCUGAGUCGCACUCUGAAAUUAUCAGAUCAGAAGAGACGUGCUGGAGCACAGGAACAGUCAGAAAUGCAUUCAGUAAUCCAAAUCAUCACAAAGACAAUCACAGAACAGUGACUAAUGUUUCUGAUGAAGUUUCAAGUGAGGAGGUCCCAGAAACUGGAUAUACCCUGCGCCGUAAUGCAGAACGUGCUUCCAGUGACUGUGCAUUUCGAAACAGGAAACCUCAUCAUUAUAAGAAACAUUAUCCCGUGGAGGAUGUCCCUAAAUCGGGAACUAGUUGUAGUUCACGAUGUUCCAGUUCCAGACAAGAUUCUGAGAGCACGAGACCAGAGUCUGAGACAGAAGAUGUAUUGUGGGAGGAUCUUUUGCACUGUGCAGAGUGUCGCUCAUCCUGUACUAGCGAGACAGAUGUGGAGAACUCUCAAGUCAAUUCAUGUAUGAAAAAAGAGUAUAGAGAUGACCCCUUUCACCAGAGCCAUUUGCCUUGGUUUCAUAGUUCUAAUCCUGGCCUAGAAAAAGUGAGCGCAAUUGUUUGGGAAGGUAAUGACUGCAAAAAGGCUGAUAUGUCAGUGCUUGAGAUCAGUGGCAUGAUCAUGAACAGGGUGAACAGCUAUGUACCAGGAAUAGGUUACCAGAUAUUUGGAAAUGUUGUGUCUAUAAUCCUGGGUUUAACACCAUUUGUAUUUCGACUUUCCCAAGCUAAGGAUCUGGAGCACCUAGCAACACAUUCUGCUAUAGAACUUUAUACAAUUGCUUUUGGGUCAAAUGGAGACAUCAUGGUCCUUUCCAUGGUUGUAGUAUGCUUUGUUGUUCGUGUUUCCCUUGUGUGGAUUUUCUUCUUCCUGUUAUGUGUGGCUGAGAGAACUUAUAAACAGAGGCUAUUGUUUGCAAAACUCUUUGGUCACUUAACAUCUGCAAGAAGAGCACGGAAAUCAGAAGUUCCUCAUUUCCGGUUAAAGAAGGUGCAGAAUAUUAAAAUGUGGCUUUCCCUUCGCUCCUAUCUGAAGCGGCGAGGUCCUCAACGGUCAGUCGAUGUAAUAGUCUCAUCUGCUUUUUUGUUGACUAUUUCUGUUGUAUUCAUCUGCUGUGCACAGCUUCUUCAUGUACAUGAAAUCUUCCUUGAUUGCCACUAUAAUUGGGAAUUAGUGAUAUGGUGCAUUUCACUAACUUUGUUUCUUUUAAGAUUUAUUACACUUGGAUCUGAAACGAGUAAAAAAUACAGCAAUACCUCAAUAUUACUUACUGAACAGAUAAAUUUGUACUUGAAAAUGGAAAAGAAGCCGAAUAAGAAGGAAGAACUGACAUUAGUGAACAAUGUUUUAAAACUGGCUACAAAAUUACUCAAGGAACUGGACAGUCCCUUCAGGUUAUAUGGAUUGACAAUGAAUCCUUUGCUUUAUAACAUCACUCAAGUUGUCAUUCUGUCUGCAGUUUCUGGUGUCAUCAGUGACUUGCUUGGAUUCAAUCUAAAGCUCUGGAAGAUCAAAUCCUGACACUUCUCGAAAAGGACACCAAGGUCAAUACUCUGGAAAGAAAACUGGUCGACUAAGCUGCCUCACCGCAGUUGCUGAUUCUGUAUUUCAGAUGUUACAGUCUCUUCAAGGAUAUCAUUUGAAAAAAACUGAAGUGUUUACAUCUGACUGUCUUGUGCAAUCUUUAUAUUUAUUUUAUCUUUUCACUUUUUGUAAACUUUUAUUUUAGCUGACAGUGUAUUUUAUUUUGAAACAUUAAUACGUGUUGGUUUUUGAAAGAGUCAAACUGAAUAUCCAGAUACUUGGGGUCCUGGUAAUUGGUCACACUAAAUUACUAAAACAUGCUUCAUCUAUUGUGAAAGAUGAUACCUUAGUGCUAGGCCUUUGUACUUCAGAAGUACUCAAUACAACAGUGUCAUGCUGAAGUCACUUUAUUGAACUUGUACUAUAAAAUGUUUUGGGACAUUUUAUUUUGUACCAUUCUUUCAGGGGUAGUAUCCGAGCACCAGCAUAUUGUUGGUUACAGUAGAAGAUGACACUUCCUGUAAUGACAAUGCAGUAGGCCAGGUAGCGACGUUUUUAUAUAGAUAUAGAGAGAUAUAGAUAUAUAAAAAUAUACAUGCUAGAGCUGGCGGGGUUCUUGACUGAAUUGAUUCCAGGAUCCAAAAUACUUUGAAAUGAAGUUUGAGUAUUAUUGAGUGUCAAUAAUGUAUUACAUAGCAGGUCAACAAGUGCUCUUUGAUAACGUUUUUAUUAGAGCAAUAACUGUAAACUGUUACCCUACUGUAAGAUAUUUUGAUAAAGAUUAGCAGUGCUAUUUAUUUGAAACACUGGGCUGUUUGCACAGCGCUGACUGUGCCGCUCAACAUGUGCACUUUUAUUGUUACUUUUAAUAUUGAUCUUUAUAUAUACUAAAUAGAAUAUAGUAUGGUGAACUGUGGGGCAAGAGUGUUACUUUUGCAAGAGGGAUGUGUUAUGUUUGCUCAAGAGACUGCUCUCCCAUCGUCCACUGUAGUAUAUGUGACUUAUACCACACAUCGAUUAUAAACUCAGCAGCUAUUCUAGAUUUUAAAUUAUUAUAGAAACAACUUUUGAAAUUCUAAUUUUUAAAGUUUAGUUCUGACCCUGUUUAUAAAUUAGCGCUAAUUGUUUCAAUAGAACUUCUUCCCAUGCGGAAAAUCAUUAAAUUACAAAUUUAAGUUACCCUUAUGAAAUCAGUCCUGUUGAAAAUCCUGGGCUUAUUUCAGAUUGAACACACAUAAUAUCCGAGUGUUUAUUUCACACUCCUGUUUACUUAAGUGUUCCAUACUCAAGAUUAAAUCUACAUUGAUUUCUCUAGGAAGAAAACAGAUGGAAUGCAACAAAUAAAUACUCGACUAAAUCAUCAUGGUUUUAUACAGGGUGAGGCAGCAUAACUUCCUUUUUUCAAAACUUAAUAAAACUCAUUGUAUGAAUCAGAAUUUUUUUUUAUAAUGUAGGCGCAUACCUAAAGUUUUGUUUUAAUAAUAAUAACAAUAAUCUUUAUUUGUAACCCGCUACCAUCUCCUCAAGGGACUCGGUGCGGCUUACAUGAGGCCAAGCCCAAAGUACAUCAAACAAAACAUCAAUAAACACAACAUCAAUAAACAAUCAAUAAAAUGCAAAUCAUAUAAAUCACAUAAACAAAAAAACAACCAAUAGUGACAUAAAUAAUUUUAAAAAUGGCCGGGCCAAAUGUAAUAGAUUAAAAUUGAAAAUAUACUGACGUGAACAAAGUAAAAAAUAACUAGGAUAGGAUUUUUCGGAGAGAAAUGAGAGAGCACAGUCCAUCCUAAGUCAGUAUUAAAGAGCAUUGUGAGGACAUAUUGCUGAGAGUUCUCCUUAUUCUGAAGAAUAAGUAAUAAUAAGUAGUUUUAAAGAUCAAAUUAGGUAGGUGACACCCCCCCCCCCCAAUUCUCCAUUCUCCAUACACUGAGUAAACCGAUUUCUGGCGUUUGUCAUGACUCUUGACAGCAUAGCAGGCAUUAUGUUGGCAAUUUCUUCCUGGAUGUUGGUCUUCAAAUCUUGUAGGGUCCUUGGACGGUUCACAUAAACACGGGAUUUCAAAAAACCCCAUAGAAAAAAAUCACAAGGGGCCAAAUUUAUUAUUUAAUAUUAUUAUUAUUUAUUUACUAUGCUUCUAUACCGCCAUUCUCAGCCUGAGGGCGAUUCAUGGCGGUUUACAAAACGGCACAAUUUGAUGCCCACAGCAGUACAAAAAUAAUUUAAACAUUAAAAACAUUUAACACAGGUAAAAAAUCAUUUCAAUUAACAUCAGUAACACAAUAAAAACCAUAAGUCCUCUGCAUUUCAUUACCAGCCAUUAUCCAGUCACAUUGUCCAACCGUUCCGAGAUCAGAGUUUAAUAUCUAUACUGCGUUUGGGAAGGCCUGCUCAUAUAGCCAAGUUUUAACUUUUUUGCGAAACGUUAAGAGGGUGGGGGGUGAUCGAAUGUCCCUGGGGAGGGCAUUCCACAACCGAGGGGCCACCGCUGAGAAGGCCCUAUCCCUCAUCCCCGCCAAUCGAGCCUGUGAAGAUGGCAGGGCCGAGAGCAGUAAUGCAUUCCUAUCCUUCAUUGCUGCCACGUUGCAUCUGCAAGGAACUGCCCAAGAGAGCUGUUUCGAGUGGUCAGGGGACUCUGAAACCCUGCUCAGCCUAACCGUGACCUCUAACCCUGACCAAUGGGCAGCUCACUGUGAGGAACUUGCUAGGUUCAUUGCAGAUAAAGUCACUUGGUCCACUCCAACAUUGACACCAAUGUUAAUGUUGGAGAGCGGGCCAGCCACUCCAAAUCCGCUUGAAAAGUAAUAAUAAUAAUAAUAAUAAUAAUAAUAAUAAUAAUACUUUAUUUAUACCCCGCUACCAUCUCCCCAAGGGACUCGGUGCGGCUUACAUAAGGCCGAGGCCAAAGUACAUCAACAGUAAAAGCAAUAAGAAAACAAUCAAUACAACAGUUAAAAUAAAUCUCAUAAACAAAAGUAAACAAUAAACAGUAGUAGGCCUCAACGGCAAAAGCACGCUCCUCACUGUUCCAACGCAUGAUGGCGACUGAACUGUGUCAGGACAAAA